CAUUGGGCUAAGGACUGUCGAUCUAAAACUGAUAUAAAUGGACAACUUAUGAACCAGGGAAACUGGGUGAGGGGCCAGCCCCAGGCCCCGAAACAAUGUUACGGGGCAAUUCAGGAAACCUCUCAGGUCAGCCACAAUCCAUUUCUUCCCGACCAAGUAUUUCAGACCUCUAUAGAGCAACCCCAGGGAGUGCAGGACUGGACCUCUGUGCCACCAUCUACACAGUAUUGACCCCAGAAAUGGGAAUGCAGGCUCUUCCUACUGGAAUUUAUGGGCCUUUGCCCUCCGGCAGUGUGGGAUUAUUAUUAGGGCGGAGUAGCACAACCAUGAAAGGAUUGCUUAUUGCUCCUGGAAUAAUUGAUUCUGAUUUUGAAGGAGAAAUUAAGGUAAUGGCCCAUUCUCCACAAACUAUAACAGCCAUUCCUGCAGGACAACGUAUUGCUCUUCUUUUGCCCACUAUUGCUACGGGAAAAACUAAAACUGAACGUAAAAGAGGCACUGCAGGUUUUGGUUCUUUUGAUGUUUAUUGGAUACAACAAAUUAGUGAUCAAAGGCCUGAACUGACUUUGGAAAUUCAAGGAAGGAAGUUUAAAGGUAUUUUAGACACUGGAGCAGAUAUUUCUGUGAUUGCCGCUUCUCAGUGGCCGGAGAAUUGGCCGAAGCAAGUUGCUCUUUCUAUGUUACAAGGAAUUGGGCAAUCACAUAAUCCAGAGCAAAGCUCUGCUUUUCUUUCCUGGAGAGAUGAAGAAGGUCAUUCUGGAAUAUUCCAGCCUUAUAUUCUUCCCAACUUGCCUGUCAAUUUAUGGAGAAGAGAUAUUAUGUCAAAUAUGGGGGUAUUUUUAUAUAGUCCUAACCCCACGAUUUCUCGCCAGUUAUUAUCGCAAGGACUAUAUCCAAAUCAAGGCUUAGGAAAACAUAAUCAAGGAAUCACCCAACCUUUACAAUUUAAAGGAAAAAAGGAUAGGACAGGUUUAGGAUAUUUUUAA